UUUGUCUCUAUCGGCCUCGCGCGCGCAUCUACAGCUGUUUUGACGCGAAGCAGCCUAAUCCGGUGAAAAAUGGCGGCUCUCAGUAUGGUAUCAACGUGUCGGUUAAUUUUCGCGUCGUUUUCGCGAAAAUAUGAGCGUAUCGUCACCGGUGUGACUGCAGUUACAAAAAGGAGAUAUUCGGCUACUGUAGAGAAUGAAGAAACCUAUGACAUCGUCGUCGCCGGAGGCGGCAUGGUUGGCAUGACAUUGGCAUGCGCCAUAGCAAACAACCGAAUAUUGGCGAAUAAAAAGAUCUUACUUUUGGAGGGUAACACUAAACAAGAAUAUACACCAAAGGAACAAUAUUCUAAUCGAGUUGUUGCAUUGAAUCAACAAACUCGAACUUUGUUGUCUAGUAUAGGAGCAUGGAAACACAUAGAGGCAGUUCGCUGUUCUCCAAUACGAAAAAUGCAGGUGUGGGAAGCGUGUUCGGAUGCUGUGAUAACAUUCAAUGAGGAUAAUUUGUACAAAGAAUUAGCCUAUAUUGUUGAAAAUGAUCUGUUAUUACAUGCAGUCAACAAGCAGCUCUCUCAAAAGGAAAAUGUAACUGUGAUUUACAAAUCUGCAGUUAGCACUGUAAAAUUUCCAAAGACAUCCGAGGAAUUUAUCUCUGUGCAGCUGCAAUCUGGAGAACGGUACAAGACCAGAUUAUUGGUGGGCGCCGACGGCGUUAACUCGCUGGUGAGAAAGGCUUUGGGGGUGAUUUAUGUAAACUGGCCGUAUGAUCAGUUGGGCAUCGUCGCAACUCUCAAAUUAUCCGAGCCCACGGAGAACGUCGUUGCUUGGCAGAGAUUUCUUCCGACAGGACCCAUCGCACUACUUCCGCUGACAGAUUCUCUCAGUUCGCUCGUGUGGACUGUAACGAAUGAGAAGGCGAAGGAAUUACUGAAAAUUUCGGAGGAGAAAUUCGUUGACAAGAUAAAUGAUGCAUUGCAGCGGACACAGCUAGAGAACAAUAUCGUUGAAAGCGGGAUGCACGGAUUUCAUUGGUUGCUUACAAGAUUCGGUUUGAAUCAAGAGUCUCAGCAAAUGCCGCCCUCCAUAUCAGCGAUCGUCGAGGGAUCGCGGGCGGCGUUUCCCUUGGGAUUCGGUCAUGCUUCAUCUUACGUCCAGUCGAGCACGGUGCUAGUCGGGGAUGCCGCGCAUCGAGUCCAUCCUUUGGCUGGUCAAGGUGUAAAUCUAGGUUUCGGCGAUGUGACGGAUCUGACGAAAAUCCUUGCUGAGGCUACUGUGAGUGGCAGUCAUCUCAACGAUAUGUAUUACUUACGAAAAUAUGAAACACUGAGACAACGUCAUAACGUGCCGACAAUGCUGAUCAUCGAUGGACUUCAUCGAUUCUAUCAACAUACCGCGACACCCAUCGUACUUGCUAGGAGUUUGGGCUUGCAACUGGUGGAUGCUGUUCCGCCACUCAAAAAAAUGUUGAUACAACAAGCUGAAGGCGAAAGUAUCCUUAAACAGUUCAGUGGUUAAUGGUAAAUUUAUGAAGUACUAUGUAAAUAUAUAUAUAUAUAUA